GGACGCUAUCACUGCGUACUUCACAUUGUUGACUGUAUAUCGUGUUUAUUGUGUUUUCCACUGGAGCAGUCCCAACAACCCAUCAACAACACCAACAGCAGAGGUUCUUGCAAUAGUUCUAUAAUUAGCACGGAGCUAGCUCAACGAUUAGUUCCCACAACAACGCUUCAACUUAAUCAACCAUACCCGCCCACGCAUUGAGUAAAGCCAUGCAACGUCCGGAUCUGCUUCAGUUGACCAUUCUUGUGUACCUUUGCUGCUGGUUGACAGUUAAUGCGCACAACUGCCAGCAUCAACAUCCCAAAGCCCACGAGGUCAUCCACGGCGUGCGCAUACACGAUGAUAAUGAAGUUGUUGAUGACGUCGCCGGCGAACAUUCGAAGGGGAACUGGAAAGGCAGCGGGAACCCGGCGGCUCACAGCGUACGACGGCGCAGCCUUGUGGCCGAUCAACCGCUGCGGAUUCUGCUCGUCUACGAUGAUUCAGUUUACAGAUUAGAGGAGGAGAAAUUUAAUUUAAUCAAUGAUACUGUGCUGCCCGAGGCGGUGCAGUUCUGGGAGCAAGCAUUGAUGGUGCGCGAGACAAAGGGCGUCAUACGGCUUAAUCGCAAAUGUGAUAGCACCCAGGUGUAUGUGAAGAAUGGCCACACCCACUGCAUUGACCAUUGCAAGGCGACGACCAUGUGCGGCGAGGUGCUGGUGCCCAACGAGCAUCUGGAUGUGUGCCGCGUGUGCAACAGCACGGGUCAGAACUGCCGCAUUGACAGCAGCACAAAACCUGGAGAAGGCAUCGAGAAAGCAGAUUUCGUCUUUUAUGUCUCGGCGCGGCAGACGCAACGCUGUUUCAAGGGUCUGACUGUGGCAUAUGCGGCUCAUUGCCAGCAGGAGGCACUGCUGGAUCGUCCCAUAGCGGGGCAUGCCAACCUGUGCCCGGAGAGCAUCAGCACGAAGCCACAGGAACUGCAGACUUUGAUAUCGACAGUGAAACAUGAGAUUUUACACGCGCUCGGCUUUUCGGUGAGUCUGUACGCCUUCUUCAGGGACGAUGAGGGGAAGCCACGUACACCGCGCAAGGCAGACACAGGCAAGCCCUAUUUGAAUGAAAAAUUGCAGAUCCAUCAGUGGAGCAACGAGACCAUACGCAAAGUGGAGCGUCAUAAUUGGGCUGUGCGUGGAGGUCAUGUGAAGAAAGUGGUCGACAUGUUGGUCACGCCACGUGUGGUUGCCGAGGUUCGUGCCCACUUCAAUUGCAAUAAGCUGGAGGGUGCCGAGCUGGAGGAUCAGGGAGGUGAGGGUACAGCCCUCACGCACUGGGAGAAACGCAUACUGGAGAACGAGGCUAUGACGGGCACACACACUCAGUCGCCUGUCUUUUCGCGCAUUACACUGGCUUUGAUGGAGGAUUCGGGCUGGUAUCGUGCCAACUACUCGAUGGCCUCGCCGUUGACCUGGGGCAAGGGCUUGGGCUGCAUGUUUGCCAUGCGCAGUUGCAAGGAAUGGAUACAAAUGAAUCAUGACAGGGGGCGUUCCAUACAUCCCUUCUGCUCGAAAGUGAAACAGGAUCCACUGCAAACGGAAUGCACAGACGAUCGCAAUUCUGUGGCUCUUUGCAAUCUCAUCAAGCAUGAGUACGAGCUGCCCAAGGCCUAUCAAAACUUCGACAGUCUCAACAACAUCAAGUCUGGUGAGGAGGGUUUCUAUGGCGGCUCUGUUUCUCUAGCGGAUCAUUGUCCCUACAUACAAGAGUUCACCUGGCGCAGCAAGAACAUCAUUGUGCGGGGCUCUCACUGUCGCUUUGUCGAGAAUAAUCCUAAGCCCGAAAAGAACUUUGCUCUGGAGAGCUACGGUCAUGGUUCCAAAUGCUUCGAUCACAGCGAAGCCAUGUGGGAGGAGCGUUCGUGUCACCAGACUCGGGAAUGGCAGCACUGGGGCAGCGGCUGCUACAAAUACAACUGCUUCGAUGGUCGACUGCACAUUCUGGUCGGCAACUAUAGCUACAAAUGCUCGUUUCCUGGCCAAAAGCUCUCCAUACGCAUCGCUGCGAAUGGCUGGCUACAUAAAGGCGCCAUAAUGUGUCCACCUUGCCAUGAGAUGUGUGGCGCCCACUUUGCCGCCGAAGGUAGAGAAUGCCGCCCAAGCGAGGAGCCCGAUCCACUCAACAAGUAUCCGCGGGAUAAUCUUGCAUGCGACGCUGAUGCAAAGCGUCCAUCUUUGGCCAUAUUCAGCGCUUUGCUGUUACCUGUCCUGGGCUAUUUUAGACUUAAUUAAGUCAUCAAAUCAGGCACAG